AUGGCCGAGUCUGCUGUUUCGUCUGUGGGGCAGACGAUAGGAAAGCUGCUCACUGAAGAGGCCAAAUUCUUGUGGGGCGUGGAGGGCAAGGUCGAGGACCUGUACAGGGAGCUGAGGCUGAUCCGGUGCUUGCUGAGGGAUGCGGAUGCAAGACGAGAGCACAACAAAGCUGUCGGAGAAUGUGUUGCACAACUACGAGACUUUGCCUAUGAUGCCGAGGACAGCAUUGAGAAAUACAUCCUCAGAGUUGCGCCGAAUAAGGGACAAAACAUCAUUAAAGCGUAUGCUUGCUUCUUGGCGAAGGGCACGUGCUUGCAGGUUCAUGAGGUGGGAAAAGAGAUUGAGGGCUUAAAAUCCAGCAUCUCCAAUCUCAGAACAAGCAUGCUGGCUUUUGGUACACAACCUACAAAUGAGGAUGAACGUGAACGGACGAGAGCCUCGACUCCGAAUUGGACUUAUGACCAUGUCAAGGAAGAUUUUGUUGGGAGGCAAGAUAGUAUUGAGGAAUUGGUGAAAGAGCUAUUGAAUGAUGGAGAAAAUCACAGAGUUAUAUUUAUAUGGGGAAUGGGUGGUUUGGGUAAAACCUCACUCGCCAAGAAAGUUAUCUCUCAUGACAAAGUGAAGAACAAUUUUGAUAGUUUUGCAUGGGUUUGCGUAUCACAAGGAUACUGCGUGAAGGAUAUCUUGAUGGAAAUGCUUAUUAAGUUGAACCCUAAGCAAAUAAAUGAGGUUAAGGAGAUGACACAUUGCCAAUUGUUUGAAACUCUACAUGAAAUCCAAAAAAGAAAAGAUGUAUCGUGGUUCUUGACGAUAUAUGGACCAAAGAGGCAUGGAACAGUCUUCAAGCCACAUUCCUCGUCAAGGACACGAAAAGCAAGUUGUUGA